AUGUACCCGAACUCACAGUCGGCCAGACAACCGGCUCAGACACUGUCACUGAACAGUCAGUACUUCCAGCCAUCGUAUGACUUCACCGGUUAUCAUCACGUCCCGGGAGUCGGAGACCCGUCGACAAGUGGCUGGAACUCCGUCUACGCUCCCCGGGAGGAGUAUCCGUUCAGCUUCCCGGGGUCAAGCCCCGACAUCGGGCAGGUCAGCUUCUCCUCCUCGGAGCUGAGCGUCACGCCUCACUCCGCUGGAGGAGCGUACAACUUCAUCUCCGGACAGGACCCCUUCAGCUCCAGGAGGAGACCACAUGAACUCAUCAGGCCGUCCUUUUCAGGAACGAAGACACGCACUAAAGACAAGUACAGGGUGGUGUACACUGACCAGCAACGCCUGGAGCUGGAGAAGGAGUUUCAAUGCAACCGAUAUAUCACCAUGAGGAGGAAGAGUGAGCUGUCAAUGUUGCUGAGCCUCUCUGAGAGACAGGUGAAGAUUUGGUUUCAGAACAGACGUGCCAAAGAGAGGAAGAUAAACCGCAAGAGGCUGCAGAACUCCCAACAGGCCUCCACAACAACCCCCACCCCACCAGCUCUGUGUGGGCCCGCUGACACCCACAUCAACACCAGCCCCAGCAACAACAUCUUGUCGAACACUUUAUCAGAGGACUAUUAGGUGGAUUUCAUAUGGAAGACUGAUACAGCGUGAAAUAUGUACAUACCUUAUUUUAGUUUUUAUAACUUUACCACACAAUGAAUGAAGAUGAUUCACAUCAACAUGAUGU